UAGUUUAAAAUUAUGAAAACUGUUCCAAGUUACUUUUUUCUCCCUCUAUUUUAUAGAUAUAAAUAUAGAUAUAUGUAUAUAUAUGUAUAACCACCAGCAGCUGAGAUGGCAGCAGCAGCGGUUGCUGGAGGAGAAGUAUGGAAAGCACACGCGGCCAUGGCGAUAAGCCAGCUUUUCUUUGGAGGGUACCAUGUGGUCACCAAAGUCGCUCUCGACGUUGGAGUCAACCAGAUCGUCUUCUGCGUUUUUCGCAACCUUAUCGCCCUCUCAAUUCUUGCACCUAUUGCCUAUAUCCGAGAAAAAAGGGUUAGACUACCAAUUACUAGGGGCCUGCUCAUGUCAUUCUUUUUUCUUGGACUGACUGGGAUAUUUGGGAAUCAGCUUCUGUUUCUUAUUGGUCUUGGGUACACAAAUCCAGCUUAUGCCGCAGCCGUACAACCUGCAAUCCCGGUCUUCACAUUUAUAUUGGCUGUUAUGAUGGGUGCAGAAACAGUGAAUUUGCUCAGGACUGAAGGUAAGGCAAAGGUUGGAGGUACACUCCUAUGUGUUUCUGGUGCCAUAUUAAUGGUUCUGUUUAGGGGCCCAUCCUUGUUUGGAUAUAAGGAACCAGAAUUUACAGCACAAACUGAAAUAAGUAUCAGGGGUCAACCAGAGCCUGCUGGAUGGUUGAUUUCUAAUUUGCUGGAGUUUGGGCUUGAACGCUGGCACCUUGGUAUCUUAUGUCUGAUAGGGAAUUGUAUGUCCAUGGCGGCUUAUCUAGCUAUUCAGGCUUCAGUUCUAGUGAUAUUUCCAUCCAGCCUAUCAGUGACAGCAUUUUCAUAUUUCUUUGGUUCACUACUUAUGGUAGUGACAGCAUUAUUUAAGACCAACGAAUCAACAAACUGGAAUUUGACCCGGUCAGAGUUUUUUGCAGUGUUCUAUGCUGGAAUCAUUGUAUCUGCACUUAACUAUGGACUUGCGACAUGGUCCACCAAGAUCCUAGGGCCUGCUUUGGUCGCUCUUUACUUUCCACUUCAACCUGCAGCAUCUGCCUUCCUGUCAAAGAUUUUCCUUGGAAGUCCUAUUUACUUAGGAAGACACUUGACAUUAGCAGGAGCAAGCCGUUUUGUCUACUAUCCGUUUCCACGAGAUCUUCUCGAAUUCAAUUGGAAGUCUAUGAACUUAUAUUUCUGGAUUUUAGUGCAUGGACCGUGGUUUAUACCAUUUCUCAAACCCCUCUGUGAUCACGAUCUCCAGUUGAUAUCUUUUGUACUAGUCUCAGAUCAACUACAAUCUCAUUCUCCAAAACGACCUCUAAUUUGAGCAAUACCACCAGGAGUGUGGAGGAAAAACAUUUUUAUAUUAACAAAUUUGUUUUGACUUUUUCUUUUUUAAAUAAUUGCUUUUGUGUAAGCGUAGAAUCAGUCCUGUGACGCUUUGCAGAAAGUGACUGUUGCACAAAUCAUUUUGUCAUUGAUUUUUCAGAAAAAAAAUGUAUUCCACCAGAAUA